ACGCGCAUUCGCAGUCCUCGGUCCCUCUCCGCAGGAGGAAUGUUGUGAAUUUCUAUCCUGGACUGACAGGGAUGGGUUUUAGAAACUCCUUUGCCGGGGUUUAGAAGCGGAGAACUUACACGCAGCAAACACAAGCCAAGAGAAAUAUUUGUCUCCUCUGAAUGCCUGUCCUGGACUGACAGUCAUGGAUUUUGGAAAUUUCUUUUCCAGGGUAUUAGAGGCAGAGGAUUGACAGACGGGAAACUCAAACCAAACAUCACAUCAAGAUCUGACAGAGUCAUGUGAUUCAUCAGGACCUGAAUAUCUGAAUAUCAUCAAACUUUUAAUGUGGAAGAUAAACGGUUUAUCUGUUCUGCCUGUGUGUAAAGAUUUCAAGUAAGAGUAAGAAUAAUUAACUGGGGGAAAGCCAACUUCAGUGGGGUAAAAAUAGAUCUGAUCAAGGGUAUUAGGAGGACAGGAUUUGCAGUCGGGCAACUCAAACCAAACAUCACAUCAGGAUCUGACAGAGUCGCCCAAUUUACCAUAACCUAAAUAUCAUCGGAUUUUGAACCUGGAAGGAAAAAGCACCAUUCACAGUGGAGGGAAACCGUACAUGUGUUCUAUGUGUGGACAAGGGUUCAGCCGAUCAUCUGACCUGUCAAAACAUAAAUGCCAUCACAACGGGAUGAAACCAUGGAAAUGUGGGGAUUGUGGGAAGGGAUUCAAAUCCCCGUCUGACCUGGAAAGUCAUUGGCGCACUCACACUGGGGAGAAACCAUUCACCUGCUUCGAGUGUGGGAAGGGAUUCACUCGUUCAUCCUAUCUGCUGAUACACCAGCGCGUUCACUCUGGGGAGAGGCCAUUCACCUGCUCUAAGUGUGGGAAGGGAUUCAUUCAGUCAUCCAACCUGCGGACACACCAGCGAGUUCACACUGAGGAGAGACCUUUUAAAUGUCCGGACUGCGGGAAGUGCUAUAAAGGUUCCAUGGAACUGAUACGCCAUCAGCGUGUUCACACUGACGAGAGACCAUUCAGGUGCUCUCACUGCGGGACUGGAUUCAGGUGGUUGUCUCAACUCACUGCACACAAGCACGGUCACACUGGGGAGAGACCGUUCACCUGCUCUGUGUGUGGGAAGGGAUUCACUCAGUCAUCCAACCUUCUGAGACACCAGCAUGGUCACAGUGAUGAGAGGCCAUUCACCUGCUCCAUGUGUGGGAAGGGAUUCACUCAGCAAUCCCAUCUGUUGACACACCAGCGAGUUCACACUGACGAGAGACCUUUUAGAUGCCCAGACUGUGGGAAGUGUUUUAAAAGCUCCCAGGACCUGAUGUCCCAUCAACGUGUUCACACUGAUGAGAGACCAUUCAGGUGCUCUCACUGCGGGACUGGGUUCAGGCGAUCAUCUCAACUCACUGUACACCAGCGAGUUCACACUGGGGAGUGGCUAUUCACCUCCCCUGAGUGUGGGAAGGGAUUCGCUCAGUUAUCUAUCCUGCUAACACACCAACGGGUUCAGACUGGCGGGUGCAACCAUUCAUCUGCCUUGAGUGUGGGAAGGGAUUCACUCACCCAUCCAACGUUCUGAGACACCAGGGAGUUCAUACUGGGGAGAGACCAAUCACUUGUUCUGAAUGUAGGAAGGGUUUUACCCAGUCAUCCAACCUGCUGACACACCAGCGAGUUCACACUGGGGAGAGACCAUUUCCAUGCUCUGAAUGUGGGAGGGGGUUUGCUUAUUUAUCUACACUGCUGAGACACCAGUGAGUUCACAAGUAACAACUAUGACCAGAUUUUGGUGUUAAUCAUAUCCAGGACUGAACUAUGUUCUUUGGGCUCUUUUUUGGUGACAAUAAACUGCAGCCCAGUUAUGGGGACUAAUAUUGUUGAUA